AUGAGCCUGAUAGUGGGAAAGAGUGUUGAUCCCGGUGAUGCCCUUCCAUCCCAGGGCAGCCUGAAGGUGGUUAUUAACCUGAAGACAAACAACAGUCAAAUAAACCUGGCUGUCACCUCUUGCUGUCUGUCUCCAACCGUUCAGCCUGACCUCACCAACUCUACCUGCUGUCUUUUCUCCAGGUUAGCAUCACAGCCGGCGGGUAUCACUCUGCUCCCCAGUGCCUUGUCGACGACUGCCGGCUUCACCAUCAGUCUCUCUCAAAUGAUUAAUUACUCGGUAGUGUACCUACACUGUGAUCUCAGUGUCUGCCUGAGGAACCGCUCUGACUGUGAAAGGCAGUGUUUUGAGCAGGGGAAGGAUCUACGCGCUAUUGUCACCCAUCUCAGAAAUCGCAUAUCUUUUGGGCCCAUGUUGAAGCAAGCGAAGAAUUCUACCCUCCCAGAGGAGAUAGGCCCAUCAGAGCUGGAACUGGUUGUAGUCAUUAUCAGCCUGGUGGCUGGCUCCUCUCUUUUCACUGUGACGCUGCUUCUGGUUUGGCUGGCCUAUCAUCACAGAGCAGUCUGGUCGCUCCACUCGGCGGCUCCACCUCCAGCCUGCUGCGGCUGUCUACGCCCAGGAGGUGACUUGAUCUUACCGUGACCAGGAAGGAACUGCUGCCAAUUACCCUGAUCAAGUCCCCACCAAAAUAGCGGCAGACAAUUACAUUAGUCAACAGACAGUGUAGCAGUCAAUCAUAUUUGCCAGUGAGCAGAAGCAGCCAUUUUGAUCAGCCGAUAUAAGAAAGAAUAGACAAUGAGGAGCAAUCCAAUUGACACCUCUCUCAUAGGUGACACAGCUGUUGCAGUCAAAUUUCACACUUAACCAUGAGAAGUCUAUUAUCAUUCUCUAGAAAUAAACACCAUCCCUAAAUAGAAAGGGUGUGCUUAUCCCUUUAUUUCUUCCUUAUUAACACCAAUCAAUAUUUGCUGUAA